AGCUCCACAAGUACUCCUGUUAUUAUGUUAUCCACACACGAAGUGGAAGUUGAUGGCACGCACCCUCCUUCUACUCCAAUGGAAGGUCUGAGCAACCCAUUUCCGGCCAAUACACAGAUAAAAGUAAAACUACCUCAAUCUUUGCUCCUUCACAACCACCACCAUCUCAUAAUCCAAUCAUCAAUUCUGUCCCCUCAAACACUCAAGAAAACUAAGCAUGUUAAGCAAACAUUCAGGAUAAGGGGAAGAAGAUUCGCAGAAGAAAAUGCAUUCCCGAUGUCUUUACCACUUCACACCAAGAACCCACAUGUCAUUUGUAAAGAUAUACAAAGAUUUGCUAACCAAAACAAACUCCAGGAGGCUCUCAUCAUCUUAGACUACUUGGACAAACAAGGUAUCCCAGUUAAUCCCACCACUUUCUCUUCCCUCAUCGCUGCUUGUGUUCGAUUGAAAUCUUUAACACAAGGAAAACAAAUUCACGCUCAUAUUCGAAUAAAUGGGCUUGAAAACAAUGAGUUUCUAUGCACCAAGCUUGUCCACAUGUACUCGUCUUGUGGUUCCAUUGACGACGCCAGACAGGUGUUCGAUGAAAUGCCUUGCAGAAGUGUCUACCCAUGGAAUGCAUUGCUUAGGGGCAAUGUGGUUUUGGGUGGGCGGAAAUAUCGAGAGGUACUGGGUACAUUUUCAGAAAUGCGGGAAUUGGGCGUGAAAUCGAAUGUGUACACUUUUUCUUCUUUGAUCAAGAGUUUUGCAGGGGCUUCGGCGCUUAGGCAAGGUUUAAAGACACAUGCCCUUUUGAUGAAGAAUGGGUUGUUGAGCAGCUCCAUCCUUGGGACGAGUUUGAUUGACUUGUACUUUAAAUGUGGCAAAAUCAAGCUUGCCCGCCAGAUGUUUGAAGAAAUUAGUGAGAGAGAUAUUGUGGUGUGGGGAGCGAUGAUUGCGGGCUUUGCACAUAAUAGGCUGCAAAAGGAAGCAUUGGCGUAUGUGAGGUGGAUGAGAAGGGAAGGGAUAUAUCCGAAUUCAGUUAUAUUGACUAUAAUUCUUCCUGUGAUUGGAGAAGUAUGGGCUCGAAAACUUGGGCGGGAGGUUCAUGCUUAUGUAAUCAAGACAAAGAGUUACUCAAAGCAGUUGUUUAUUCAGUCUGGUUUAAUUGAUAUGUAUUGCAAGUGUGGGGACAUGGGUUCAGGAAGAAAGGUGUUCUAUGAAUCUAUGGAAAGGAAUGCUAUUUCUUGGACUGCUUUGAUGUCCGGUUACAUCUCAAAUGGGAGGCUCGAGCAAGCUUUGAAAUCAAUUGUUUGGAUGCAGCAAGAAGGGUUCAAACCUGACGUUGUCACAGUCGCCACAAUUGUUCCGGUUUGUGCACAGCUGAGGGCUUUGAAGCAAGGAAAGGAGAUUCAUGGUUAUGUUGUGAAGAAUGGUUUCCUCCCCAAUGUAUCCAUCACUACUUCCUUAAUGAUGAUGUACUCAAAAUGUGGUUCCUUAGGGUAUUCUUUUAAACUCUUUGAUGCUAUGGAGAAGAGGAAUGUAAUCUCAUGGACGGCCAUGAUUGACUCGUACAUGGGAAGUGGGUGUCUACAUGAAGCACUUUGUGUGUUUAGGUCGAUGCAGGUGUCGAAACACAGGCCCGACUCAGUUGCCAUAGCAAGGGUGUUGAGUGUUUGCAGUGUACUCAGAGCUUUGAAGCUUGGGAAGGAGAUACACGGACAGAUAUUAAAGAAAGAUUUAGGGUCAAUCCCUUUUGUUUCUGCAGAGAUUGUGAAGAUGUAUGGAAUGUGUAGACUAAUUGAUAAAGCAAUGUUGGUUUUUGACGCAAUCCCUGUAAAGGGAUCAAUGACAUGGACUGCCAUCAUAGAGGCUUAUGGUAAUAAUGGUCAGUAUCUAGAUGCAAUUAAUCUUUUUGAAAAGAUGAAAUCUGAUGGUUUCUCUCCUAACCAUUUCACUUUUAAAGUGGUUCUAUCUAUAUGCGAGAGAGCUGGAUUUGCAGACGAGGCGUGCAAAGUCUUCAGUUUAAUGACUCGAAAAUAUAAAAUUAAAGCAUCAGAAGAACAUUACUCUAGCAUUAUUGGACUUCUCAGCAAUGUGGGUCGUGUUGGGGAGGCUCAAAGAUACAUCCAACUCAGAUCAUCAUCAUCCUUGGCAUGACCGACAGGAGAAGAUCGAGAUCUGCUGCUUGUGCCUUGUUUUGUCUGGAGAAUCAGCAAGAUACAUCCGCCAACUUCUUAUGUUUUGCUGAGCGAAUGUAUAGGUAUAUGUAGUUCAUUCAUCAUGAUAUAUAAAUGAAUAAUUAUUUUUAGGCCAAUGAAAGGCAGAAAGCAUGAGCUAAAAUGUUUGCAUCCAUUGAUACAUUAUGAUGAGAUCAAGUGUGUUUCUGCCAUUCCAGCAGUUGAUGACGCUGCCACUACCGGCAGCUUUAAUCCCUUCUCUUUAUCUUCUAGAACAACUGCCUUGCCAUUUGUUAGAAUGUUAAUCUAGAUUCUUUUGUUUUCCUACGUACAUGCAUAAUUAAUUAUGGUUAAUGUAUA